GAUGGGGAAAGUUCGUCAAGAUUCAGGAUCAGACGAUGACAAUUCAAUAAAGAAAUCUUUUACUAAAGGUCCUUGGACACAAGCAGAAGACAAUCUUUUGAUAGCUUACGUUGAUAAACAUGGUGAUGGAAACUGGAACGCUGUUCAAAACAACUCGGGCCUUUCUCGUUGUGGUAAAAGUUGUCGCCUUCGUUGGGUAAAUCAUCUGAGACCAGAUUUGAAAAAAGGCGCUUUUACAGAGAAAGAAGAGAAACGUGUCAUCGAACUUCAUGCUUUGUUAGGGAACAAAUGGGCACGAAUGGCUGAAGAACUACCGGGACGAACAGAUAAUGAGAUCAAGAACUUCUGGAAUACAAGACUUAAGAGACUGCAACGACUUGGUUUACCUGUUUACCCCGAUGAAGUUCGAGAGCAUGCGAUGAAUGCAGCGACACAUUCCGGUCUAAACACUGAUUCAUUGGAUGGUCAUCAUAGUCAAGAAUAUAUGGAGGCAGAUACUGUUGAGAUUCCUGAAGUGGAUUUCGAGCAUUUACCACUCAAUCGAUCUUCUUCAUACUACCAGUCAAUGCUUCGACAUGUUCCUCCCACUAACGUCUUUGUGAGACAAAAACCGUGUUUCUUUCAGCCGCCUAAUGUGUAUAACUUGAUACCACCAUCUCCUUACAUGUCUACCGGAAAACGUCCUAGAGAACCAGAAACCGCGUUUCCUUGCCCGGGUGGAUAUACCAUGAACGAGCAAAGCCCUCGGCUCUGGAACUAUCCUUUUGUUGAGAACGUUUCAGAACAGUUACCGGAUAGUCAUUUGCUUGGUAAUGCUGCUUAUUCUUCUCCUCCUGGACCUCUUGUUCACGGGGUUGAGAAUUUCGAGUUCCCUUCAUUCCAAUAUCAUGAAGAGCCUGGCGGUUGGGGAGCAGAUCAACCUAACCCAAUGCCGGAACAUGAGUCAGAUAACACUUUGGUUCAAUCUCCUCUGACAGCUCAAACACCAUCAGAUUGUCCAUCAUCAUCACUCUAUGAUGGACUGUUGGAAUCAGUUGUCUAUGGAUCAUCAGGGGAGAAACCGGCAACCGAUACCGAUUCAGAAUCUUCACUGUUUCAGUCAUUUACACCAGCCAAUGAAAACAUAACCGGUAAAACUUGUUUUCUUACUCUUUAUGCAUUACAUGCACUUCAUUGUUUGUGUAAUCAAUUCAAGAAGUCUCCUCUUCUCCAUCUGCAUGACAAACUUAAUUGGUGUAACAAAUUUAGGUUCAACUCCUUCAAAUCAGGGACACACAUCCUUUGA